UUGUUUCUUUUCCAGAUGGCUUUCGUUAAUUUAAAUCACCACAUGUAAAAAGAAGUUUCUCAACAAUGAGUACUACAGGUUGUUCACUGAGAGAACUGAAGAGAAAUUUUGAUUUAGUUUCUCAUAGCCACGACAACGAUGAGCUUUACACAAUUGCUGGAAGUCUUACACCAACACAGAUGACAGCCAGUGAAUGCCGUCAAUAUGUAGCAGAAUUUGAGGAGAAACAUUUGUUUUAUUUUACUUUAUAUAAACCAAAACACCAAAAUGUCUCCCAAACAUGGAUUAGAAGGGUCAAAGAGGAUCUUAAAAACGCCAAACGGAGCGGAGCGGCUCCAACACUGAGAGAAAUAUAUGCAGUGAGCGAAAUAAUCAACAGUGACAUUUUUCUUUUGUUCGAGGGUGGAGAUAAAACGAUAAAAGCGUUGCAAAUUCGAUCUGUGAUUCGAGAAAACGAUGCCGAUAAAGCGCCUCUGAUACUGCUUUUGAUUUUAAAAACAAAGUAUUCUUGUUUCCAACGCAUAAAAGGAAAUGUUGCAGACCUAGAAAUAUUAGAUAUUGAAGUUAUCAACGCAAACCACACUGAAUGUCUGGAUAAACGAUUCCGCAAUGAUUUCAAAGAUCUCCAAGGAAACUUCAUGCUUGUUGGAGAAAACAAUAGUACUUCCUUGAAAUUGGCAGAAGAAAAUUUAAAAUCAAAAACAAAUAUUUUUGGUAUCUGUAGUCAGAUAAUCUAUGGAAACAAAGACGAUGUCCUGGCAGUCAAAGAGUGUGUAAAAAUGCAUAUGGAAGGAGAGGAUUUUCGCGAAAUUUACACGCAGUUUGUGGAUGUCAAAUCAUACGUCGCAGACGAGUAUACUGCCAUGGAAUCUAUUACUGACGAAGAAAAAAAAGAAAAGGUCCUCGCAAAAUUAACCAAAGAAGCUUUUGAAAAACAUUUGACAGAGUGGCGCUCUUUUACCCUUGAAGAUUUUUUCGCCAUUGCAAGUGUCUACAACGUAGAGGUGUUUGUAAUACCAGUUCAAAAGGAGCAAACAAUAUCAAAGAAUGAUAGCAAGGGAACAAAAUUGUUCCUGCCAAUAUGUGGGGGUUAUUUGUUUACAUUUAAGACUCCUUUUAUUUUUCAGAAAAUUUCUGAAACAUUAUUUAAAGGCAGGUUUAGUGCCACCGACUGUCUUUGUAACAUGAGUGCACCAGAAGUUUGUGGUAAUUUUCCAAUGCUAAAUGAUGAGAUUGAUUUGAAGAGAAAGCAGAAACUUGACAUUAAAACCUGUUGUCGAGAGAAAAAGAGACACGGACGUCACACUCAUUUUCAACAUCUAUGGAAUCAGGACGAAAGCGAAGAUAACACUAUGCGAGAAAGCAGUAUUACCGAUUAUUGUAAACCAAUGAGUAAGCACAUAGAAAAAAUUCUUGAAAUAAUGGAAGAAGAGGGGAAAACUUUAGAUGCCAUAGAUGGAGGAAAAGGCACUCUUCAAAUGUGUAUAAGUAAGGAAAUUUUUGACAACGAAAAUACCAGUAUACCUGUCAGAUUUGAAAUUAUUGCUGAUUGGACAGAAUUUCCUGUGUUUGUGUUUUUGUAUUCCGGAAGUGUUUCCCAAUGGGUUUUGAUUUCACCAAGCAGAUGCAACAAAUCAAGAAGUUCUACUUGUCGAUAUUACUUGACCAUACUGUACAAUCGAGAGAGUGGGUAUUUCGAUAGAAUUAUUCCAAAAACUGGAUGCAAUUGUCUCCAGGUUCACCCAUAUGUUGCAGCAUCAGAAAGGAUACUGAAAAAAGUUAAGAACAGCAAAGUUACAGAUGAAGAACGUCAUUGGCCACUUGUGACGUUUUUGCCAAAAAAGCCUGAACCUGAAAUGUUCACUGAUGAUAACCGUCAGGAAAUGAAAGUUAUACCGAUGUAUUCCGAAGUUCUUCUUAUCAUGGAAAGAGAUGAUAUGCAAGAUCGCCUGCUAGAUAAAAUGUCGGAUUAUGCGUAUUCUCUUUAUCGCUGUCUCAGCAAAGAAAUUUUUGGAAAUGAAGAGCAGUUUAAAAUGAUAAUGAUGGAAACAGUUAAGGAGAUCAAGGAAAACCCAGAUGUAUAUGGUCAUCUACUGAUGAAAGAAAAAGAAAACUCGGAUUCCGAUUUUUUUGAAAAUUUCAAGUAUCGGGCGCAUCAUAAGUUAGACUUUUUCAAAUUCCACAAAACACUAGUUAAAGAAAGUGCAUAUUUUUUUGCCGAUCGCAUAGAAGAUGGAAUGAACUUGGGUGAUUUAGAACUGUUUGCAGUUGCGACUCUUUUCCAAGUCCCAAUCUAUGUACUUGGCGCUAAAAUGAAUAAAAGAAAAUUUGAAACAGAAUGGACAAUAUAUACACAGAUGGUAAGAAAAAGGCAACCAACAGAUUUUGCUGCUAGACGUCAAUAUCUUGCAGGAGAAAAUGCAAUUCACAAAUGUGUCUUUGAUGCAUCGAGUGGAUCCAAUUACUAUGUGGCUCUUUACCGGACAUUUUCUGGGCAUUAUCAUAGAAUUGUACCGAAAGAUCAAGUGUGCAACUGUCUAAAAGAGCCACCGCAGAAUAUUGUGGAAGAACAUAAGCAUGAUGACCAGCCAGAUUUCACCAUUUUUUAUGAAAUGACCAACGUAAAAAAUAAAUUGACUAUAGCAAAACUACAACUGGACAACUGGUUGAGAUGCAAUAUGGCACUUGAAAUAUUUUGCACCGAUAUAAUCGAUAAAUUGGAGGGGCGUAGGCAAAACGCUAACAUUUCAAAUAUCGUGGGAUCCUCUGUUGGUCUUGUGGGAUCAGCCCUGGCAAUUGCUGGAUUAGUUACAGCACCAUUCACUGCAGGAGUUUCUCUUGGUUUAGCAGUUGCAGGGGGUGUUAUAGGAACACUUGGUAGUGCUACUGUCAUUGGAACCCAAAUUACCGAAUUCGUUUUAACUAGGGAUGCUAUAUCAAUGUUGGAAAGAUAUCAGAUGAAUUUACGUGAGAGGUCUCGAUGCAUGGAAAAGUCUUUAUCAGAUCUUCAAAAAGAGCUAGAAAGGUUUUUAACGGAAGACACAGACAAUAUCAGCGCAACAGCUGUUCAAACAGCUACCGGGACUUUGCGCAUGCUUGGUGGGUUGCCAAUUAUCAUUGCACGUGUUAUUGUACGAGCAGCCACUCUUGCCGAUGCAGUUUUGCCACCAUUGUCAAUAAUCCUUGAUCUGGGCAUACUUGCAUAUAGCAUCUACAAUCUGAUUAAAGGGUCGAAAACAAACGUCACUGAACGUUUACGCAAAGUCCGAUCCGUUCUUAGAACGACGAGAAUACAGAUGUUUACUUGGGGAUAUGGAAAUCAGAGGAACUACAUGCAGACUAUAGAAAAUCUUAAGUUCGAGAAGACAUAGUGUCAGCUAUCGUAUUCCCUUUUGGGAACAUUUGUCAUGAUAUUCAUUUUCUUUAGGUUUACAAGUUUUCAAAUGAAAAGGUGUUUUUGUUAUCCUCCAAACUACUAUUCUUGCGCAAUUAAUAUGUACUAGAAUCAUGUAAUGUUUUAGAUUUUAAUUGAUAAUGCCGACUGAAUAACCAAACGGAUAUGCAUAUCGUUGCAAGGUAAAUGAAAAUUGAUUCAUUUCUAUGAAAUCAUUAUUCCUGUUGUUGUCUUUAUUUGGACUCCUUAUUUUUUCUACGUUUACCGGCAUCUUUUUCCAGGCAAGACGAAAAUCUUUUAAUAUCCCCGUAAGAUUUGGGGAAAAAGUUUUUUGCCCUGUAUGUCUGAUUGUCUGUCUGUUUGACCUCAAAACAUUAACUUUGCCAAUAAUUUUUGAUUGGCUGGAGCUAUGGAUUUCAUAUGUGGUUCGUUUUUAGGGCCUUUCUUUGGGUACCAACUUUUUGAGCUCUUGAUCCUGACCAUUUUUUGUAAAUAAAAUGACCAUAAAACGUUUGGAGAGAUGCUGUUAGGAGCUUCAUUCUUCAUCUGUGUGUGAUCAUUCUGACAAAAUUUUUACGAAGGAUUUUCAAAACCUUUACCUUGACCUUAGACUUUGAUCCUCUAAAAAAAUAAUCUUGGAUACUACUUUUGCAUCGUUUGUACUAGAUCUUUCGUAUUCUACAGGUAUAUCUUGUGACACGGCUAUCUUGUCCCUUGGGUAAAAACAAAUUGACUUUUUGACACUGAGUUUGACCUACUUUAGAAAAUUUUAACCUUUCCUAUAACUUUCGAACAGUUGUUGCUUGGAAUAGGAUAUUUAUGAUAUUGGGUGCCUUUUUAGCUCACCUCGACGAAGUCGAGAUGAGCUUAUGCUAUACCCCCGGCGUUGGCGUCGGCGUUAGCGUCGGCGUCCCAGGUUAAAGUUUUAGGAGCAAGUCCAUUCCCAAGUAACUAUAAGCCCUACCUGAACCAAACUUGCAUGGAUGAUGCAUCUAGGGAUGUACACUACCAGACUUGCUUCGGAUGCUGGAUCUGACCUACAUUUUCUAGAUGAGUGACCAGGUUAAAGUUUUUGGAGCAGGUCUAUU